UUCAUCCCUCCCUCCCGCCUCUCCCGCUCCUUCACUCCGCCGCUGUGCGCCUCUGUAUCGGCUCCUCUGUCGCCCCGCUGCCCUCACCUCCUCCCCGGGCUUUCUCCGCUGGGUGGCCCCGCUGGUCCGACCGCGUCUGUGGAGCAGAGACAAGAUGAGUCCCGGGUCCCGGAGCUGGUGGUGGUUCUGGUCGUGCUUGUUGAGCCUGAGUGUCCCGAGCCGGACUCUGGAGCUCCAGGAGCUGUUUAAGUUCGGAGAAGAAGCCGGAGACCAGCAGCUGCAGCCCGGGUCGGACUCCACCGCCGAGCUGCCCCUCAACGGAUCCGUGUUCUUCUUCAGCCAGACCUUCGAUAAAGUUUACAUCAACACUAAUGGAUUUGUGGCCUUCGCCGACCCUCCGGCGGAGGAUGAGUACCUGGGGAAGAUGCCCUCCAGUUUCAAUAUGAUUGCAGCCCUGCUGGGAGACCUGGACAGCAGCGAUGGAAAGGGGAGGGUUUACUUCAGGGAGGACAGCAGCCCCGACGUACUGAGUCGCUCCGCCGAGCACAUCAAGCGAGCUUUCCCCAGAGACGACGGAGUGGAGCCCACCAGCGCCCUCGUCGUCACCUGGGAGAACAUGGUCGCCCAGGGGACCUUAGGACGGGGAGACGAACUGGACGCUAAGAGAAACACAUUCCAGCUUGUCGUGGCCUCCAUGGAGUCGUCCUCCUGCGCCAUCCUUCUCUACCCCAUAGGUGGCCUGCAGUUCCUCUACACGUCAGUCGGUGGCGAGGCUAAGCUCCUGGAGGCCGGCUUCAAUGAAGGCCUCGUAAAGAGCUGGUGGUCGUGGAGCGCCAGUCAGGGGACGUACUUCCGCACCACCACCGAUGAGGAGACGUCCAUCAGGGACCUUACUGAGAAGACGACCUCAGGACAGGCUGGAGUUUGGGUGUACGAGAUCGGCUCCUCGCCAUUCUUUGCCUCCAUUACACCGGGAAUGGCCUCUAGCCUUCGUGAUGAGGAGAAUACCACUGAACCUCCUGUGACCCUGUUGCCAAGGCAACCCGACGAGCAAACGACGAUGGACUUCUCAACCCACGAACCCCAGGCGGGACCCGAAGAGGAGGAGGAGUUCCCGACGCCGGCUCCUGCUGAGAACCAACCCAGCUACCCAGACGCUGUGACCGCCACGCCGGGGGAAGCCAAACCGGGAGUUGAAGAACCGUACUAUGAAGAAGAAUACCCCGAAUCUGAGAUCGUCACACCGACAUACACCAACCCCGAGAGGGCUCAACCAAGGUACCCGGACCCAUCUGAGCCCAGAUACCCCGUCUCUGAGCCGCUGCAACCGAGAUACACCAUCCCUGAAACCCCUGAGCCCAGAUACCCUCCCGUCCAGCCGAGGUAUCCUGAUCCUAAUCCAGUCGAACCACGCUACGCCAACCCUGAACCAGUCCAACCAGUGCCACCCUAUUCCCGGCCCCACCAACCCCAGAUCGUUGUGGUAGAUGAAGACGAGAACCUUGACGUGAAUGUAUUCAGGUACAAUUUGGAGACGUGUGCCCACAACAGCCACAAGUGCUCGGCCUUCGCUGACUGCAGGGAUUACAGCGAUGGGUACUGCUGCCAUUGUAGGCCUGGUUUCUAUGGCAACGGGAAGGACUGUGUCGCAGAUGGGAAACCACAGAGAAUGAGCGGGGAGGUGAACGGCCGAGUGUUUGUCGGGAACUCGACUUUCCCCGUGGAGCUCGGUAACAACGACUUGCACUCGUACGUGGUAGCCAAUGACGGACGGGCUUACGUGGCCAUUAGCAACAUCCCCAAGAGUCUGGGCCCCUCCCUGCAGCCACUGUCCUCCCUGGGAGGAGUCAUCGGCUGGGCCUUCGCCCUGGAGCAGCCCGGCUACCAGAACGGCUUCAGUGUUACUGGUGGCGUGUUUUCCCGUCAGGCCGAGGUGAUCUUCCAGCCCGGCAACGAGCGUCUGAGCAUCAAGCAGCGGUUUGAAGGAAUCGAUGAACACGACCACCUGGUGGUUCGCACCGACCUGGAGGGACGUCUGCCCGCCAUCCUGCAGGGCUCCUCGGUGCAGAUCAACCCGUACAAGGAGAUCUACCAGUACGACAGGAACUUCAUCACUUCCUCCUCCAACCGCGACUACACCGUCACCUCCCCUGACGGUGCCGUCCAGACCAGAAGCUACCAGUGGCGCCAGACUGUCACCUUCCAGAGCUGCCCACACGACGAGGCCACCAGGCCGGCACCGUCCACCCAGCAGCUCAGCGUGGACCAGAUCUUUGUGAUGUUCGACGCCGACAACAAUCUGGUCCGCUACGCCAUGAGCAACAGGAUCGGCUCGGUCCACAGCAGCGUCCCGGAGCAGAAUCCAUGUUUCACCGGCAGACACGGCUGCGACAUCAACGCUGCGUGCAGGCCGGGCGAAGGCCUCCAGUUCACCUGCGAAUGUACAAAUGGUUUCACUGGAGAUGGACGCUAUUGCCACGAUAUUGACGAGUGCAGGGAGACUCCUCAGGUCUGUGGGUCCAACGCCGUCUGCAGCAAUCAGCCCGGGACUUUCCGCUGCGAGUGCGCGAGAGGCUUUGUGUUCGCCAGCGACGGAAAGACCUGCAUUGAGGAGGACCGCCCGGUGGAUCACUGUCAGAGAGGAACUCACGACUGUGACGGUCCCGAACGAGCUCUGUGCAGCUACACCGGAGGCUCGGCCUACGCCUGCUCCUGCCUGCCGGGGUUUGUGGGCAACGGACGGGGGUGUCGCGACGUAGACGAGUGUCAGCAGGAACGAUGCCACCGCGACGCCGUGUGCUCCAACACCCAGGGCUCGUACACCUGCCAGUGCCAGCCUGGUUUCCACGGCGACGGCUUCCGCUGCAGCCCUACGUCCUCAGAGCGAGAGAAGACGCAGUGCGAGCGCCACAGAGAGAGCGCCCAGACCGCCACCGCCACCUCCGGCUCGGGCUUCUUCUCUUUCCUCCGCCCUCGGCCGGCCGUCGGUCAGUACGUCCCUCAGUGUAACGAACACGGAGCCUACGAGCCCACGCAGUGCCACACCAGCAUCGGACAGUGCUGGUGUGUGGACGCCAACGGCCAGGAGAUCCCCAACACCCGCACCGGCCCCGGCAGCACCCCCCUGUGUAUCGACCAGGCGGUGACCCCUCCUCCGGUGGGUCCGACACCGCGGCCCGACGUCCACCCCGUCGCUCCGGGAACACACCUGCUGUUCGCUCAGAGCGGGAAGAUCGAACACGUUCCUCUGGACGGGUACAACAUGAAAAUGGAGGAGGCCAAACCUCUGCUGCACAUCCCCGACCGGGUGGUGAUCGCCGUGGCCUACGACUGCGUGGAGAAGAUGGUUUACUGGACCGACAUCACCGGGCCCGCUAUCAGCCGGGCCGGGAUAAGCGGAGGAGACAUCAGCCCGGUCAUCACUACAGAUCUCCAGAGUCCUGAAGGCAUCGCCAUCGACCACGUGGCUCGUCUCCUCUUCUGGACCGACUCCAUGCGCGACACAGUGGAGGUUUCCAAGCUGGACGGCAGCCAGCGGCGAGUCCUGUUCGACACCGACCUCAUCAACCCCCGACCCAUCGUCACCAACCCGGCGUACGGGCGGCUGUACUGGGCCGACUGGAACAGAGACGGGCCUAAAAUCGAGAUGUCCAACAUGGACGGGACGGAUCGGAUCGUCCUGGUGAAAGACGACCUGGGACUUCCCAACGGUCUGACCUUCGACCUCGACAACCAGCAGCUGUGUUGGGCCGACGCAGGUACUCGUAAGGUGGAGUGUAUGGAUCCUCACCGCAGGCUGAGGAGGAAGAUCGUUGAAGGGAUCCAGUAUCCGUUCUCUCUGGUCUCCUUUGGGAGGAACCUUUACUACACCGACUGGAGGAGGGAGGCGGUGGUCGCUGUGGACCGUCAGUCGGAGAAAGAGACGGAAGAGUUCCUGCCGCAGAAACGCUCCCGGCUGUACGGCAUCACCACGACGCCCACGCAGUGUCCGCAAGCCUAUAACUACUGCGCCAACAACGGCGGCUGCUCUCACCUGUGUCUGCCGCGGCUCGGUGGGUUCACCUGCCGCUGCCCGGACACCGCCAGCGCCGGCGCCCCCUGCGAGGAGCGGAACCUGUGAGUUCUGCAGAGCGACGACGCUGCUGCUGCGACGGGAAACAAAAACACACUUAACUGAAUUUUGGUGUUUUCUACUUUUCUUACUUGAACUGAACAUUUCUACGAUCAUUCUCGAGUUCUCCGUGUUUUUAACGGCGGUUCAGACCUCGCCGUAUUAAUGAUGUCACGCUGCAGGUCGCUCAGAUAAUGUGUCUGAUGUGAGGAGGUUCGUUCCAACGUGAGGAAGAAGUGACAGUUAAUCUAACAUACAGGGAUUUUAUAAAGACGGCAGGUAACCUAAACCCACUCACCAGAUUAUAUGAAAAUGUUUUUAUUGUAUUUUAAAAGUGAAACUCUGUAGUUGUUCCUUAUUGAUUUCUUAUAGGUGUGGUCUGAAAGAUAACUGCGAAAAACAAUCAGAUUUAAUCCGAGCAACCCAAAAACUGGAGGGAAGAGUUCCCACGGGCCUCGAAAUGUUUGACAUUUAAAAAAACUUCUUAGAGGUUUCUAAAAACAGUUAUCAAGUUAUUCCUGUAAAGUAUAAAGACUGUAUUUCAUAUUUAAUCAGAUCUGAAUAUUAGUGACACACUGAGCAGUUUCCUUGUUGCUGUGACGCCACCUGCAGGUGAAAUACAGUCUUAUCAACUAAAGGCUGAGUUGGAUUUAAAGGUUUUAUAAAUAUAUGAAAUUUAAGACUCCAUUGAGAAAACCGGUUAUUUUACCUCGCAGAUAACCAUUAAAAGCGUCUCUGUUAGUGUUUCCAACAAUCACCAACUCUGGUUUGGUGGAAAUAAAUCCUUAAUUCACCGACGUAGAUGAUAAAAACAGCAGUUUCAGUCGGAGCAGACCGGCUAUGGAAACAAACCACAGAGAGAAUGUGAUACAACACAGGCAGAGGGAGAGAGACACCAUGUGACUCUGUGUCUGUAUAUAGAGAAUAUAAUGUUAGCUGUUAUGUUAAUGCUUUAAAUCUCAUAUAUUUAACUGCUCAGUGUGUUUUAACUACAAGAACGCUGCAGGAAAACUAAUGAGUCUAAAUGUUUCUAGUGAAGAUUGAAUCUGUUCAAUGAUUCCCGAUUGGAUCAAACUGAUAAUCAAUUGAUCCGAACAGAUCUGAUUGGAUGUUGCACUCGAGGUUUCAGCGUAGGAAAACUAAUCGAACGCUAACUCACUGCGAUGGGACGCCGGAGGAGGAGAAUAACAAACUCCAGAUAUUAAUGAAGAUAAAUUAAUGUAUAAUCUGACUAAAUUACAUGUUUUAUAAAGGAUGUGUAAUAAAUUAAAUGUUUUUCAUGGAUUAAAUCUGAAAUUAUUCUGUAUUUUCUUCCUCCUGUAUGAUCAGUUUCAGCCCCACUACGAACCAGUGACUGGAUUUAUUCUGUUUGUGUUCACAGUGUGUAUUUUUUAUAUGAACUUGUAAAUAAUUACCUGAUAUUCUCUGAUUUUGUAAUGGUGCUGAUGUUCACCUGAGAUCUACCUGAUGAUGAAGAUGAUGAUGAAGAUGAUUACUGUGAAGGUCUGUUGGGUUGUAGCUCCUGUAUGAACUUCUCAUGUUUCAUCGUUGUUACAUUAAAGACUCGUGCAGUCGAUUAUUUGCUGAUACGAGUUUGUUUUCAUGGAAAAUAAAAGUGAGAAAAACAAAAA